CUGCAUGUUCCGGGAAGCGUGGUAGCCUCGAGGAGUGCGCGCUGUUUUCUUCGCUUUUCUUUUGUUUUCUUUCCGUUUUUACAACUUUACUGCGAAAGAAUUGGCAAAACUAAGGUGAUAACUCAACUAAUCCAUUCGAAAUCUUCAACGCUGCGAGUGCAAGCGUAACUCUGCCGAAUAUCUACGUGGCAGACCUCCAUUGAAAUCGGACAGAUCAUGGAAACCGCAGGCGAUAGUGACCUAACCGGCGAAAAACAAAACGAAGGACGGUAAGACAUUUAUCUUUAUCCGUCACAUUUAUCAUUUUUGGCCAGUAAUUUUUUCAAAUAUGUCUUUUUUAUUGAUACUGACGGCUGGCUUCGAAAAGUAGAGUGAAAGCUGUUGUAUCGGUCUCAAAACGAAUAAUCGGACAAUCUCAUUACUAUUUUAUAACUCUUCAACAAAAUGAAGUCGUACAGAAUUAAAAGGAUGAUUAUUAAACUUUUCAAUGUCUAAAUAACUUACCAUAUUAAUGCGAUACAUCCACAACACGGUGUAGGUGUUCAAAUAUCUAAAUCUUAGUCAGAAAUCACUUGUUCUGCCACAGUAUUUACGUGUAUCGGAAUUUGUCGAACUUGCGGAUUAAAUGCAUGUCGACUUGAUUUGCAAUUUAUGGACAUUUUUAUUGUGAGGAAUGAGUGCUUGAUUUGUAACGUUACUCUGGGGACAGUUUUGUUUUUUACCGUUAUGGAUGGUUUACGUGUUGCUUUUUUUGGUGUGUGUUUGUUAUUUGUACAGCACCAUGGUUGACUGGAUAUACUAAGAAGUUAAAGUUUACGCAAAGUUUACCAGUUACACUUGCUGUAGUCUUAAUUCUCAGAGUGUGUGGGCGCGAACUAUUUUGAGUCGCUUAAAAACAUGAUAAUAUGUUUAUUGAAUACCAUCAUUAUUGCAGGGUAGAAGGCUUUUAAAUUUCGUUGGUAGAUUGAGAAAGAAUAAACAAGUGUACGAUUUGAAUUGUCUCGAAAUAUGCCAUUUAAAUUAAUGUACAUCCUUACUAAAGAGAAAAAAUCAGCGGGUCUUGGAUAUGUAUGGCUUCAUCGAUUAUCAGUUUAUACUUUUGCUCUUGUGUGGAAUCAGACAAUUUAUACUAUUUAGCUGUACAAGUAGUUUAGUCGCAAAAUGUGAAUAGUUUGUAUUAAACUGUUACUGGACAAGUCUCAACAAUCUACCAGGCCCAAUAAAAGAAAUGGCCCGGUUUGUGUAUUUUCAGGUUUCCCUUUUUUUAUUCUUGGGUGAGAUAAAACUUUCAAGUACAGACAGGUAACAGUGUGUGACAUCUUACAAACAAUUGUGUUUCUUGUAGGUCAUCUGUGCAAGACAGAUCGUCAGGUACACAACUUCCAUUACUUCAUCCAUUUUUCAUUAUUCUGUUUAUAUUCAAUCAGCACUCUCCUUGCCAAUAAUAACUUGAAAAGCCUAAAUUCUUACUUAGUGAUACACCCACUACUGAUCCCAACUUUUGGUUCAUAGGUAGCAGAUAGAAAUUUUCAAUCAUUUGAGUUUGAUGGAGUUAGGAAUGGGAUAUAGUCAGUAAUCCUUUGAUACAAUGAAAGAGCAGAAUGUGCUGUACCUUGGCCCUUAACCCUUUAAAUCCUAGAAGGGAAUGAAAUGUAUCUUCUCCCUAAGAUAUCCAUGCAUUUUCUAGAAAACUGGUCAUGAGAAUACAUGUACUCAAACUUAUCAUGUAGAAUUUGUUAUCUUGAUUUCACACCAAAUUCUCAUAACUUUUUUAGUAGGAAAUGUUGAGGAGUUACAGCUACAUAUAAAAUAAAGAAUUGACAAUAAGAUAUUUUAGGUUAACAGAGUAUUGUACUUGAACUUAAAAUUAUUGUUUUUCAAGUUAUUCAGAACAGUAGAGAGUAUGAAAGUUUUGUUGUAUCUUUCCAGCCAAAAAAAAAGAUCUCAACUAAACAGAUCAAAUUUGAUAGAGCAGAAGCACAUUCAUUUGUAGAUCAAUCAAUUUUCCCUCUCUUCUAGCUGAAAAUAGUCCAUCUGCUAGUCCAAAUAAACCUGAGCAAAAGCCUGAGCAGAAGAAGGUAAGACCAAAAUUGAACAAUGUUUUGAUGCUAUGCACCUUACAUGUACUUGUAUACAGAAAAAAAACUGAACCUAAUAUGUUAUUAUGUUGAGGGAAUCAAUCAGGAAACAACAAAAACAAGUACUAAGGGCCAAAUUUCUCAAAGUACAGCUGCCUCUUGACACAACCUGUCAAAACUGGGAUAAUCAGUAAGAAAUUUGUAACAAUGCCAAUUCUUAGACUUUUGAGAGGGCAAGCAAGGACAGUUUGGAAGUUUGACAAUCUUGAACAAUUUGUGAGAAAAAGAGGAGCCUCACAGUGUUGUCAUUAUUGUUAUUAUCUCUAAUUUGUGUGAUUCUUUCCUUUUGAGUAUGUCUUUUUUUUGUACAGCUUACUGUUACAUGGCCUUGAAAACAAAAAGUCACGUACUGUCAGUGUGUACAAAGGGCCUUUCAUAAGAAUCAAACUUAGAGCUGAUGUUUUGCUUUUGAGCAAUUUGUGGUAAAUUCUAACACCUUUAUUUGGAUUUUUGACACUUUAGACUAUAUUUUCAAAAGGAAAGAAAAGGAAGAAGACUGACAAGGACUUGAAUGCUCCUAAAGCCCCUCUUACUGGUUAUGUCAGGUUCCUGAAUGAGCAUCGAGAAAAGGUCAGGGCUGAGAAUCAGAACCUUCCUUUUCAUGAAGUUACCAAGAUUCUUGGGAAUAUGUGGAGUCAGCUACCUUCUCAACAAAAACAGGUACACUUUCAUGUAGCUACUACACAUUUGUCGUCAGUAGCAUAAUGGCAGGUUUUGCCACUGCUAUAACCUUUCUAGGUUGGAAUGGACUUACUGAUUGCACUACUCAAAAUGUACAUCAAUCUCGAGCAGCAUGUAUUUUCCUGACACAUGUACUUUCCUGACACUUAUAAAUUUCUUGCUAUGACCACAUUUAGUAUACAUGAUUUUGUACCAUUAUUAGAAGUAUUUUCUUUUCCUGGUGACAACCUACAAUUAAACUGAAACUUUUUUCAUGAGUGGUUUUUACUUUUGUUGAAGAAGAUGCACCUGUUAUUACUUUUUCACUUGUAAGUGUCUUUGCAAGAGCUAUUUCAUCAGACUAGCUUCUUUCUAGUGUCUGUACAUUCCACAACAUUGUUUUGUUUGUGUUCCAUAUUUGCAGGCCUAUUUGGAAGAAGCUGAGAAGGACAAAGAACGGUACAUGAAGGAACUAGAAGUAUAUCAACAGACUGAUGCAUACAAGAACUUUGUAGCCAGACAAAAAGCAAUGAAAAAAGGUCAAGCUGCAUUUAUCAAAGGGACAUUUUCUAUUUUCCCUGUAAAGCAUCAUGCAUACUUCCAAACAGUUGUUCAAAACUGCUUUGGUGAACAUGGGCUGACUUUUGGCAUAUAAUCAGUUGGGCUCACUGUUGUAGAAAAUAAGCGGCAUUCAGUCAAAAUGUUUUGAUUCACCCACAUGUAACUUCUAUAGAAAUGGUCAUGUUUGUACAACAGGGGUGAUGUAUGGAUAUUUUCUACAGAAGUAGUGUUUGAUGUGUUUUGACUUUUUUUUUUAGGUGAAGGAGAUGUCAAUGGUGCUGAGGUAAAUAAGCAAAAAAUUAAGCAUUCUGUACACUCUUCCUUGUGUAUUAUUUUAAUGACAAUUCUGCAAUUUAGAAGUCACUGGUAGAUUCAAUAUCAUGAAUGGUGAUAACAAUUGCAAUAUUAUGUUGUCUCCUCUAGGGAAAUGAUGACUUGUUCUGCAGUGCUUGUAACUUAUACUUCAACUCACCACACAACAAGCGUGAACAUAUGUCUGGCAAGAAGCACUUUGCCGUGGUCUCUUCGCAGAUGGAUAAAUCUGAGAAGCACGUAGAAAAGGCAAAUGGUAGAGAUUCAUCUGAUGCAAAAAAAGUGGAAGAAACUUCUGAUUCACAGCCACUACAAAUUCCUUUAGAUGGAGAUAUUCCAAUAUUUACAGAGGAGUUUUUAAACUUCAAUAAAGGUAAGGCCUAACCAAAAAUGAAGCCAUUCUGCUAUUACCGGUAUUAGGCCUUGUGUUCCAUUAACAUGCCUGGUCCUCAUGGAAGAACAAGGAAGGAAUAAUUUUGGAAAAGCCACAGUGAUAUGAUUAUGGAAAUCUAAUCCAGCUUACCACAUGUACUUCAUACAAGAGUUGUCCUAAUACACAAUUGUUAGCCCCUGACUUGCAACAUCUUGCAAGAUGAGGUACCAUACCUUCCAUGUGGGAAGAGAGCUGUUGUACCAUUUCCACUUUUUUUUUUUUUUAACUGGAGACCAUGAGUUUUUAAGCUUGAAAACUGCGAGUAAUUUUAUGGUGGGUGUACUGUGCAUGGACAUGUAGCUACUGCCUGUACAUGUACAUUGUGAAUAUGUAAUGGCUUUGCUCCAUGAGCCUUUUUCCAGGAAUACUGUGUGUACCUUAUUUAUUUCUUUGGUUCUUUUUGUAUUCAUUCCAGCUCGUGAAAAUGAACUUAGGAAACUGAGGAAAGUGAACACAGAGUUUGAAGAGCAGAAUGCCAUUCUUAGUAAACACAUAGAGAAUAUGAAGAAAGGCAUUGACAAAUUGGAAGGAGAAAGGAAAGAGCAACAAAAUGAAAUCACUGCACUGCAGAGACACCUUGCCAAAUUGCGACAAAUAAUUUCCCGUAGUUUUGUUGAUAUUCAAAUUCCAGGAGUGACAGAUCCUCUAACAUCAGAGACAGUGGACUCAUUUGUAGCAAAACUGCAACAAUAUAUUCAAGAAAAUAGUAAAGAAAACUUGGAGUUAACAUCAAGGAUAAAAGACAUUAUAGCUUCUCUGGACUAUCCCAAGUAA